UAAGUAUUUUAACUAAUAAAAUUUCGAAUAUUUUAAAAAAUUAAAAAUUUUAUUUUUUGUACAUUUUUUAUAAAAUUAUAUAUUUCUAAAAAAUGCUAUUUGCAACAAAUCUUUUAUUUGAGAGAUUGUAAUUUGUAGCGUUUUUUUUAUUUCUACAAAAAUUUGAUAUUUUUAUAAAACAUUAAAAGCUCCUGCAAAUUUUUAUUUUUAGUAAAUAUUUUUAUAUUUUCAUAGAACGUUUUUCUAAAGUUACUAUACAAAUUAAAAGAAAAAUAAUACGCAAAAAUAUUGAAAUAAAUGUCUAAUUUCAAUACCAUUUUUCUGAUAAUACCAAUAAUAGUAAUAUAACUUUAAAAUAUAAAUAAUAAAUAAAAAUUAUAAAUAAAAAUUUUUUUACAACAUCUAAUAUAUCUUUUCUUAAUAAUGUGAAAAUUAAAUUAAAAUAGAAAGGGGAAAUUUUACAUAAUAUAUGGUAUAAUUCUAUUAUUAUUUCUUGACGUCAGACCAUGCAGUAGUUCUGCUGUGUUUAUGCUGUUACGCUCUGAGACGACAAUACAUGCUCGAUUUUUGUCCCAUUUUUGUCAUUACCGGUAUGCUGCUUAGUAAGUAAACUUCUAAUAACUUUCUGCCUAUUUGAAGUGAUGCCAUUCUCUAGUUAAUUUUUGCUUACUUCUUGUUGAUACAUCGUGUCAACAUACAAUGCUUCAAUUUUGUUUUCUCUAUGCUGACAUAUUUUGUUGGAUUUUUGCAGCAUUUCUGCCAUUGUAUUAUUACGCAGAUUCUGCUAGAUUACUGUUUUAUUUCUAAGCACAUUAUCUGACACUGCAAAUCAUGCUUUAUUACUGCCAAAAUUAUGUCGGUAUAACAUGCAGCACAUAAUGUGCAAAGCCUGUCUUUAGCAGACUUGGCUAUUGGGGAUGAUGACGAUGACGAAAGUUUACUUGUCAUGAAAUGUACAGGCAAUUCUUUUGCGUACAAAAUGCAAAGAAGAAGAAACGUUUACUACUUGUAAAAAACAGGCAUCAACAUAUUCGUCCUGGAUUAUACUCCGAAAUAUGGAUUAAUUUAUUAUCGACAAUGACUUUUUUAUGACUUUUAGAAUGAAACGUGUAACAUUUCGACACUUAUUAAACUCAAUAAUACGUCAAAAAGAAAUGCAAAAAGCAUAUACAGGAGGAAACAAACCUAUACAGCCUCAAAAAGUCCAACAAAUAGCUUUAUAUUAUUUGGCACAUCAAAUUUCUAUGGCACAAAUUGGUGAUAAAUUUGACGUAGCAACAUCAACUGUUAUGAAUUGCAUGAUUACAUGGAUAAACUGUAUCUUACAAUUAGUACCUAUUUUAAUACAGUGGCCUACUAUAAAUCAAAGAGCUAGUAUAGAAGAAAAAUUUAAAAAUAUUGCCGGUUUUCCUGGUGUAAUUGGAGCCAUUGAUGGUUGUCAUAUAAAUGUUAUGGCACCAAGUACUCAACAAAAAUGUUAUCAAAAUAGAUAUGUGACACAUUCCAUAAUUUUACAAGGAAUAUGUACAUACAUCAAAUUAUUUAUUUACAAACAUAUAUGUAGGACAUCCUGGAUCAGCCAAUGAUUGUAGAGUCUUAACUAAUUCACGUUUGUAUCUUAACAUUGAAGCAAAUGGAUAUUUCCAAUACUUUUUGCCAAAUCAACAUUUAUUGGGUGAUAAAAUAUAUCCAAUAAAGGAAUGGCUUUUACCUCCAUUUAAAGAUUUUGGCAAUAUGACACCUAGGCAAAUAAUAUAUAAUAAAGCACACAGCAAAACAAGAGUAAAAAUAGAGAAUUCUUUUGGUUUGUUAAAAGGACGAUGGCGGCGACUUAAAUAUAUAACAGUUUAUAAAAUAGCAAAAGCAUCUAAUAUUAUAAUGACAUGUUGUGCUUUACACAAUUUUUGCCUUCUAUCUAAUGAUUUUGCUGAGGCGUUAUUAGACAUUGAUAUUAAAAAAAUAGAUGGAGUACAAUUUUAUAGAAGAGAUGAUGAUAGAAAUAUUGCAAUCAAUAAAAGAAAUGAUAUAAUGAUGCAAUUGUCAGAAAGACAAAAAAAAA